AGCUGUGCACACAGUUCUGACAGAUGGACGCCAUGGGGAGUUUUCAAGCCUAAGAAUAAUGGAGCUGAAAUGCAUUGAUAUGUCUAAGACACCUAAAGCCCAAUCAACCUUGGAGUCCAUUCAGCUGCCCAAAGACAGUGAUGACAGCUUGAAAUCAGGAUCCUGUGAAGACUCCCUGAUUGCUGAACCUCAUGCUGACCAAGUUGACACCAUCAAGGCAUCUAUGAACACUGAAAUCCACUCAGUGGUUACUAAGGCCACAGUGGUCUAUGCUAACCAACCCGAGGCACUUUCCAGUGAAGUGCUUCUGGGCACUGAAGGUAAUGGAGAUGUUGCUGACCAUGCUGUGGUGGGUUCUCUGACUCCAGACUGUGACCUGGCAUUGGUAGAAGGGCUGGACCCUGGGUGGCACACUGCCCUGGUACCGACGGAGACCUUGGUGAAUCCUGGCAAUGACUCUGACCUGACUGUGUCUGACUCCAGUGAAGUGUCUCUGAUCACUGAUGACCUGCCAGUGGUAGACUCCGCUGUUGACUCCAGAGGGCAGCAGAGGGCAGAGGAUGACUUACAAAGCACUGACCAGCUGCUAACGAGGUCCUGUGCAGACUGUGUGACCACAGAGAAGCACUAUGCUGUACCGUUUGAGGACUCUUUGAACUCUGACAAGGAAAUCUCCCUCUACAUUAAAGACCAUGAUGACCGACCUGCAGUAGACUUUAGCAGAGAUUCUGUGAGCUCGUCUGACCAGUCUUUAUCCCUUGUUGCCACUGCUCUUGGAUCAAUAGUCACUAUUGACUCUUUCAAUAAGGCUCUGUUGUUUUCCAAUAUGUUGGACCAAGGCAAAGAUAACUAUAUUGACCAGCCUGUAGUGAAGUCUCAGACCACUGAAAAUCUAAUUAACCCCACUUUGGUGUCAGAGGCCAUUCAAUCUCUCAUCAAUGAAAUCCUGGAAGAUAACAUUAUCUCAGCCCCUGAUGACAGAACUCCGUUCACUACAGACCAUGUAGGAUCACAUGAGAUUGAAAUAUUUAUAUCUAGAAUGCACUUAGGCAGUGUUAUCACCUGUCAUGAUGACCAGUUUUUGGAGCCAGACAGUGAGGAUGACAUGGUUGACCCUUUGUCUCACACCAGUCAUAGCCAUCAUCUGUGCGAGUCAGUCAUGAGGCCCAAAGGUCAAGUCCAACUCAGUGGACAUACUUGGUCACCCUCUUAUGAGACUGAUGACUAUCGUCGCUAUGCUCAAGACCACAACGUGAUGGAAUACAGCUGGGACCUAAAGUCUGCAUGGGUUUCUGUGCCACACUACAUUCUGACGAGAGGGGAGAGUGUGACCAAAAGGAUGGAGGGAGAGAAGAAGUAUGGAGAAAAGGAAUGGGAGAAGUGCUCCUCACAGUGUGACAGGAACUCUCUGAUUGAGCAUAAUGGACAGUGGAGGAUAGCCAGAGCAGUAGAGGCAGACACUGAAGAAAUCCUUCCCAAGCCGUACAUGAGAGACUUAGUUAUGUACGAUGGAUUCAACCAGCUAAAUGAGGAGAGAGUGGGAAAUCAGCUGGUCCUUUCCUCUCUCUCAAGGGCUCUCAAUGAAGUUAAGAAGGACACGGCUUUUUUGAGGUCAUUGAGAGAGGGGAUCAAUAAAUGAAUGAGAGAAAACGAGAGAAUUAAAGAUGAGAUGAAGAAGAAAGACAUGAGGAACUUUAACAGUGCCAAAGAUCGAAGGGCAGAGAGAAAGAGGGCAAGGAGGAGGGAGCGAGAGCGAGAGCGGGAGAGGAACUGUGAUUUGACCACAUGGAUGCCCACCCGGUCCGGAAUGGAAAGUUCCAUUAUAGGACUCCGUCCCAGGCCUCCGUCCCGGCCACUGCUCAGAGAACCAGUCUUAGCCAGAACCAGCUUCAGCCGCACCGACGCCAGAACGAUAGAGGUUAGGGAGAUGAUCCUGCAAAGGAGCCGCAUUGCCUACAAGAUCAAGUGCCUGCAACGCCGGAAAGCGGCUGCUGAGGGGUUGACACUGACUGAGGGAGGUGGAGGGCCUGAGGAUGGGGGUGACGGAGAGACAGUGAUGGACAUUACAGGGCAAAGUAAGAAAGCCUCAAAGGGCAAGGGGUCAAAGGGCAAAGAGAGUGGAGGAGGGGAAGGUAGUGACUGGGCCAAAUUAGGUCUGGAGGAAAUUGUGGAGACAGAUGACAGGAAUAAAGAGAACAGAACCAAAGUACGGACAGGGCAGAGAAGUAAGGACAAGCGAAGAGAGGAACGAGAGAGACAAAGAUGUAGUAAGGAAACAGAUUUGAUCUCAGACGAAUUAGCAAGAAUGGACAUAGAAAAAAUAGAUGGACAUAAAGCGGAUGAGACGAUUAGCAAGAUCUCUGAGGAAAAUAUUUCUAACAACUGUUGUGUAGAGACAAACGAGGGAGAAAAAUAUGAUAGAAAACAGAUGAAAGAAAAGACGAGCAGAACAAAUGUACAUACUGAUGAGGGAGUGAUGAGCAAAGCAUCAUGGGAAAGAGAAGAGGCUGGAGAGGAGAAUGCUAAGACAUUUCAAGAGUGCUUAAAA